ACGAUGUCGCAGAAACAGCCCAUUCAGCCCGUCAUUGUCAUCGACAAAAAGCUCAUCAGCCUGCCGGAACCCGAGGCAAUCGUCAAGCAGUGCCGUAGCACCGCUCGCGCCGCCCAAUCCGCCAACCCCAACCCCGACCCCAACGCAGUCCCCCUUAACGGUGUCCCUCUCUUCGACGAGUCUCGCGGGGGCGCCCCUUACGCCUGGGUAAAGUAUGGGCCGUCCAUCACCAUGAACGAGGCCUUGACUCAGGACCACGUCUGGCAAGUCUUGAACUGCAACCCCGACGACGCCGUGCAAGUCGCCUGCGUCUACCUCGCCUUCCAAUAUGGCAGAUCCGGCUUCAUUGUCAUGGAGUACAUCGAUGGAACGACGUGCGACAACUCCGACGCCCCGCAGGCCGCCGCCGCCGUGCAGUCCCUCAUUUCCAUCUGCGGUCCAAACGCAAUGCCCGGCCCAAUCGGCGGAGGUCAGAUUGAACACCGCUUCUUUUCCGAGUGGAGGUCCUCUUUCACGUAUGAUUCCGUCGCGCUGCUGCAGAGUCAUAUCAAUGGCAUUCUGGUGCAGGAGGGCAGCAAUAUGCGUGCCAACUUCGGGCCCGAGGUCGCGGCCUACGGCCUGCGUUUCUGCCCGUCUGAUCUGAACCGCGGAAAUUUUAUGAAGGACGGCCAGGGCAGGAUCGUGGUCCUCGACUUCGGCGCCUCCUCUUUCCUUCCGGUCUCCUUUUUCGACUUUGCGCUGUGUCAGAGCCACGACGACUUCACUUGGCGCAUCGCCCAGCUGAUCGAGUAUCCCCCGUCGACGCAGCUCGAUGCGCUGCUGAUGGCCCACUACGCAUUGGUCAUGUACGGUACGAAUAAUAUCGGCGAGUACAUCUCCUUAUUCUCUUAUCCACUUUCUUGCCUCUUGUUCCCCUUGCAAAGAGACUGACUUCAGUGUAUGGCACAGGCGUCCCGCAUGCGCUCAAGAAACAAAUACGGUAGACCUACCAGCGCACAGCCGUCCCCGUUUUACAGGACCGUGUACUCCUUUCUUGUCGUCGCCGUCGUUGUCCG